UGGGGUCCCAGCUAAACGUCACACAGUGUACCACCCCCCAUUUUCAAAAAAGUGUUCGUUCAAAGCCUUCUACUUUCAACUUUCAACAAAAAAGUCUCUAUUUCCUAGAAAUAGAGAAAUAGAGACACACCAAUAAACAAUCACAAAAAAUAAAAAAAAGAAACACUCACAUCACAGUGCAAUUCCACAACACUCAAAAUAGACACAUUAGACACAAAAAUGAGAGAGAAGAAAGAAUAACUUGUGUGCAUAAUUCAUUCUUCAAUCUUCAUAACCGAGUUUUCUAUCUUAGACUGUGCUAAUGUACGCUGCUAAGUGUUAAGUUAACCUUAGCACACUAUUUAAUCUUCUUCAUUACUCUUCUCUAUCACACUUCUCAACAAAAACCAUGCAUACUUUUCUCUUCAUUCUGUUACUCUGCGCACCAUUCUUAUCCUACGCCGAUAACAGUAACACAACCGUAACUGUAACCGUACCAGAGAUCCAAGCCUUAACGUCGUUUAAACUAAACCUCCAUGAUCCUCUCGGAGCACUUGACGGUUGGGAUCCAUCUUCACCGGAAGCACCGUGUGACUGGCGUGGCGUUGCUUGUAACAAUGACCGAGUCACUGAGCUUCGUUUGCCUCGUCUUCAACUCGGUGGUAGACUCAGUGAACGUCUUUCAGAGUUACGCAUGUUAAGGAAAUUGAGUCUUCGUUCGAAUUUCUUCAACGGAACGAUUCCGAGAGCGUUGAUGAAAUGCAAGUUACUUCGGUUUUUGUUCUUGCAGGAUAAUGUGUUUUCCGGUGAGAUUCCGCCGGAGAUCGGAAACCUAACCGGUCUUCAGAUUCUUAAUGUUGCUCAGAAUAAUCUAUCUGGAACUGUUCCCGGAGAGCUUCCGAUUGGUUUGAAGUAUCUUGACUUAUCGUCGAAUGCUUUCUCCGGUGAGAUUCCGAGUACCGUUCGUAAUCUCUCUCUUCUUCAUCUUAUCAACCUUUCGUAUAAUCACUUCUCCGGUGAGAUUCCGGCGACGUUCGGGGAGCUUCAGAAACUGCAAUAUCUAUGGCUUGAUCAUAAUUUUCUUGAAGGAACGCUACCUUCUGCACUUGCUAAUUGUUCUUCGCUUGUUCAUUUAAGCGCCGAGGGAAAUUCACUCGGCGGCGUGAUUCCGUCGGCGAUUUCGGCGCUUCCGAUGCUUCAGGUGAUGUCUCUUUCUCAGAAUAAUCUUACUGGUUCAAUUCCUGCUUCUGUUUUCUGCAAUGUUUCUGUUCACGCGCCGUCGUUGCGGAUAGUUCAACUUGGAUUCAAUGGUUUCACGGAUUUCGUUGGGCUCGAGACAAGCACGUGUUACAGUGUUCUUCAGGUUUUGGAUAUUCAACACAAUAGCAUAAGAGGCACGUUUCCCUUGUGGUUGACCAAUGUAACCACGUUGUCAGUGCUUGAUCUUUCGAGCAAUGCACUUUCCGGCGAGAUUCCGCGGCAGAUAGGAAAUCUCGUUGCGUUGACGGAGUUGAAGGUGGCUAAUAAUUCAUUCACCGGCGUCAUUCCGGUGGAAAUCAAGAAAUGCAGGUCCCUCAGUGUUGUUGAUUUUGAAGGCAACAAUUUUGCCGGAGAAGUUCCUCCGUUUUUCGGAGAUAUGAAGGGACUCAAGGUGCUAUCUCUUGGUGGAAAUGGCUUCUUUGGUUCAGUUCCUGUGAGUUUUGGUAACCUUUCUUUACUUGAAACCUUGAAUUUGAGAAGCAAUAGAUUGAAUGGAACUAUGCCUGAGAUGAUAAUGAGUUUGAGCAAUUUGACAACACUAGACCUUAGUGAUAACAAGUUUACUGGUGCAAUUUAUGAUAGUAUUGGGAAUUUGAAUCGAUUAAUGGUUCUAAAUCUGAGUGGUAAUGGCUUCUCUGGAAAAAUCCCUUCUAGUUUGGGCAAUCUUUUCAAGCUAAUUACACUUGACUUGAGCAAACAGAAUCUCUCUGGAGAGUUACCAUUUGAGCUCUCGGGGUUGCCCAAUCUACAGGUUAUUGCUCUGCAGGAGAACAAGUUGUCUGGUGUAGUGCCUGAAGGUUUCAGCAGUUUGAUGAGUUUGCAGUUUGUAAAUCUUAGUUCUAAUGCUUUUUCUGGGCAUAUUCCUGAGAACUAUGGUUUUCUUCGAUCGUUGGUUGUUCUUUCAUUGUCUCAUAAUCGCAUUACAGGAAUAAUUCCUUCAGGAAUUGGAAACAGCUCUGAUAUUGAAAUUCUUGAGCUUGGAUCAAAUUCAUUGGCAGGUCAUAUUCCUACUGAGCUCUCUCGCCUAACACAUCUGAAAGUGCUUGAUUUGGGUGGUAACAAAUUAACUGGGGAUAUGCCUGAGGACAUCUCCAAAUGUUUGUCAUUGACCACAUUGUUAGUAGAUCACAACAAUCUUGCUGGUGCCAUACCAGGGUCAUUGUCGAAUCUGUCAAAGCUAACAAUGCUGGAUCUCUCUGCUAACAACUUGAGUGGGGAAAUUCCUAGUAAUUUGUCUACGAUCCCUGGUUUGGUCUAUUUCAAUGUCUCGGGGAACAAUUUGGAAGGUGAGAUACCACAAACUUUGGGAUCACGGUUCAACAACCCUGCUGUAUUUGCUGAUAAUCAGGGUUUAUGUGGGAAGCCAUUGGAAUCAAAGUGUGAAGGUACAGAGAAUAGGGACAAAAAGAGGUUGAUUGUGUUGAUUAUCAUCAUUGCUAUAGGAGCUUGCAUAUUAGUCCUGUUUUGCUGUUUUUACAUCAUUGGUUUAUGGAGAUGGCGCAAGAAGCUCAAAGAAAGGGUUUCCGGGGAGAAGAAAAAGAGUCCUGCAAGAGCAAGUUCAGGAGCAAGUGGAGGCCGUGGCAGCAGUGAAAAUGGUGGGCCAAAACUCGUGAUGUUCAACACCAAAGUCACACUUGCCGAAACAAUUGAAGCAACAAGACAAUUCGACGAGGAAAAUGUACUAAGCAGAACAAGGUUUGGAUUAGUAUUCAAGGCCUGCUACAAUGAUGGAAUGGUCCUUUCAAUUCGCAGGCUCCCUGAUGGAUCAUUGGAUGAGAACAUGUUCAGAAAAGAAGCUGAAUCACUAGGCAAAAUAAAGCACCGAAAUUUAACGGUUCUGAGAGGUUACUAUGCAGGACCACCAGAGAUGAGACUUUUGGCAUAUGAUUACAUGCCCAAUGGAAACCUUGCAACACUACUCCAAGAAGCUUCUCAUCAAGAUGGCCAUGUUCUAAAUUGGCCAAUGCGACACCUCAUUGCACUAGGAAUCGCCCGUGGGUUAGCCUUCAUACACCAAUCCACAAUGGUCCAUGGUGACGUAAAACCUCAAAACGUUCUAUUCGAUGCAGACUUCGAAGCCCAUUUAUCAGAUUUUGGGUUAGAAAGACUAACAGUAGCCACUCAAGGAGACGCAGCCUCCAGUUCAACAUCAGUUGGCACAUUGGGUUAUGUUUCACCUGAAGCAAUCUUAACCGGUGAAGUCACUAAGGAAUCCGAUGUUUACAGCUUUGGCAUUGUGUUAUUGGAACUUCUAACAGGAAAGAGACCAGUAAUGUUCACACAAGAUGAAGACAUUGUGAAGUGGGUGAAAAAACAGCUUCAAAGAGGUCAAAUUACAGAGCUAUUAGAACCUGGUUUACUUGAAUUGGACCCAGAAUCUUCAGAAUGGGAAGAGUUUUUACUAGGUGUGAAAGUUGGUUUACUUUGCACAGCACCAGAUCCGCUUGAUCGACCAACCAUGUCCGACAUUGUUUUCAUGCUCGAAGGUUGUCGUGUUGGUCCUGAUAUCCCAUCCUCAGCUGAUCCCACCUCUCAUCAUUCUCCGGCAUAACCCAAAACUCCAACUUUCCAGAGCCUAAUUUUGUCAUUUUUUUUUAAUGUUUUUUAAAUAUCCCAUUUUUAAUUUUUCAAAUUCUAUUUCAUUAUUAGAAUUGUAACAGUAGUACUACUAGUUGCAGUAGCUCCUUGUUAUUAUUUUCUCAAUUAGAACAAAUCAACAAAACAUUGCAGCCAAUGUUUUUUGGGGACAUUUUCUGGUUUUCUCUCUCUUUGGCUUGUGAGUUUUGAGGCAGUCAACGUCUUUGACAAAUGCAGCUUAAUUAAGAUACUAGUGGGGUACUUUGUUGCAUUUGCUGACAAACAGAACGGCACAAAUAAUGUCACUGUUUCCGUCUGCUUGACGGAGCUGGUUAUCUGACAUUAUCAUGUGGGUUUGGCAUAGUUGCCGGCAACGAAGGUGGAUAUGUAGCCGUUAAUAUUGUGGGGUACGAUGUACUGUUCCCAAGGGUAUAGCAUUGGUGUGUGUUUGUACUUAGUUUGGUGCAGUGCCAUUUGUCCUACUAUUCACUAUUCAGAUUGUGUAUUUUUGUGGUUUAUUGUGUAAGGGGAAAGAGGCGUGACAAAACGGCGUUAGAAUAGAGGCACUGUAGCUCAAUGGAGUAUGUGAUUCGAUUCGAUUCAACCUUUUGGCCCAUGGCUCAACAACUCUUGAACUUUUUGUGGGUCUUUUCUCAUUCCUAACCAGCAUUAAUUUUUUUGGAUUUGAUUCUGUCUUAUUACCAUAUUUUUGCUUUUCAGAUUUGGUAUUGGGUCACAAAUAUUAUUUGUCUCAAUUUUCCCCAUUUUUUAUAUUAAAAUUAAAAUCUGUACGAUUAUUAUAAAUUAGAUAAAUUACCUGCAAAGAAGAUUUGUAUAUGUCAUCAGAUUCAGAUCAAGUUUUGUGGCGAUGUAAAUCCAAUUUGAAGCCAAGGUCCUUUAUUCUUCCUUACAUCUGUAAUCCAUUUUGGAUUAUGGGACAGGAACUUCUUUUUUUUAUAUUCCUUUUCUUUUUAUCCAAAAAAUUAUACUUAUUCCUUUUCUUUAAAUCACAACACUUGAUGGGUUUAUUCCUUCAAUUUAAUUUUAUUGAAAGAAAAAAGAAGAAAAACUGUCGAGAAGUAAAUGCCAAGACUCCUUUUCUUUUUUACGAGAAUAAUUAGGGAAAACCAAUUGUUAUUUGGUUCAGUGGUGAUUGGUGCUGAACUUGGUAGGGAGGAUUGCGGUUUGAUCCCCCGUAACUGCAAUCGAAAGGGGACUGUAACCACUUGAUGCCAGAACUGACCCCCGAACCAGAUUAAAUUGACGGUGGAAAAAAAAAAUAAAAGA